UGAAGCAUUCUCUUUCGUAACUUUUUUAUUUUUUCUGCGAAGAAGAAACACAGCGGUAUUCUGCUUGAAACCCUAUGUAUGUGUAUAUAUCUUAUCUGGUUUGAUUAUAAAGAAUUUGUAUUCCCACAAAAUGGCAUCAAUUUGGACUCAGCCAUUCAUGGGGACUUCAAAACCCCGUCUUUCUUCUAAUUUCAUGCAAAUUAGCGUGUUAUCUCAUACCCAAUUGAAGUUUAAUCCAUCGCUAAUCAAUCCCUUGAGAGCCAUUGCUGAUUCUGAUUCACUCAAUUCCUCUGAACACCACCAAGUUCCGCUCAGCCUCCACCACACAGAUUCGCCCUUCAAUAAACUGCAAUCGGCUAUUUCCACUCUUCCUCCCGUCGUAUUUUUGACAAGAAGACAAGCUGGAAGUAAUAUUGUAAUCUGGCUAUGCAUUGCUGCUGCUUUUUUGGUUAUUUCUCUGAGAGUUUUUGUUGCCAGAAAUUCCCGCCAUAGCCGUCCUCCUGGCUCGGUAGCUGAUCUUGUUAGGCGCGGCCAACUAAGAUCUGAUAGAAGAGGCAUUUCGCGGCCUCUCAAGUACGACGAUCCAUUCAAUAAUCCGUUGGUUAAGAUUAGUAAGAGCAAUUCCACUGUUGAAAUGUGCGGAAAGGUUUAUCGAUUAGCCCCAGUUACGUUGACGAAAGAGGAACAAGCUAUACAUAAGAAAAGGAGGUCACGGGCUUACCAGUGGAAGAGACCUACUAUAUUCCUUAAAGAGGGAGAUUCUAUACCUCCUGAUGUUGAUCCCGAGACGGUCCGAUGGAUUCCCACAAACCAUCCUUUUGCAACUACUGCUAGUGACAUCGAUGAAGACUUGGCACAGACUAAUGUUUAUCAGAAACAUGGUGUUCCAUUUCGUAUUCGUGCUGAGCAUGAGGCACUACAGAAAAAGCUAGAAGCACUACAGCAGGAUCAGAAACUGAAUAAACUAGUCAUCGAUACUGGCAACGUUAAAGAUUAUGAAAGACCAUUCAAGUCAAAUUCAAAGUCCAAUGAGAUUCCAGAGCGCACCACCUUCAACAAUCAGGCAGCGGAAUCUAAACAUUCAAACAAAGAUUCGUCUCCAAAUUCCUUAAACAGCAGUUCAUCCCCAGAGGAAACGAAGAAAUAGCAGACUAGUUUUUGUUUUCGUUUACAAUAUGCUAGCCCCUCUACGUGUCAAUUUUGAACUGAACUCUCGAUUUUGAGGAUUAUAAUUCUUGAACUUUAGAACCAGUGGACAUGCAUGUCAAUUUCUGCUCACUCCAGUUGUAGAAGUACGAGAUUGAAUGCCGGAAAUGAUGGCAGAUUUCAUGUUACUAUGUGAAUUAAAGGGUAAUGUAUGUGUUGUCAAUUGUCAUGAACUUUGUACUUCUGGUUCUGACAAACUAUUGAAGUUGUAAAUAAUGUUUUGGUUAGUUUCUUAAAAAAAUGUUAGUCAUUGGGAUGUUCAUUA